AUGUUCAAUUUUACACCAACAACAGUAAAAUUAACGAAUGUCCCUGUUGAAACAAUUAGGUCAGAUAUAAAAGAUUUCCUUAUAAGGAAAAAUAUUCAAUUUGAUGCCAUAAUCAUGGUAACUGACAAAGCUAACAGGGAGGACUUUAAAGGGACCAUUUAUAUUGAAUUACCAACGGAAAGCAUAGCAGAAAAGUGUGUGACAGUGUUUGAUGGGUUGAAAAUGGGUGUACAGAUAAUUAGUGCAACGACAGUAGAAGGAAGACAGAAAUUAUAA